UCGAACUUUUCGGUACCGUGAGAAGGCAACCCGGCCACGUGGUAAUGUUAGCCGGUUCUCUGACCGCAUAGACACGUUGCUGUUGUGUGUUGCGUAUUAAAAAUUAAAACAUAAGGAUCAGAAACGGAUUUUCGUUGUUGACAACUUGGCAGUGGUCCACCCUUUGAGGAAUCGUAGUUUCGAGUGUGUAUGUGUGUUCACGGACUAUUUAUUUUUGGAUGUUUGUUGAAUUCUAUGAUGGGUCGUGUCGUUCUUGAAGAAAAUAAUCGUGGAUCGAUCAAGUUAUGGCCCCACCCCAUUCUCGUCAUUUACUAGCGUGGACAUUGCCAACUGCAGUCGUUUUACUCAGCUAUUUGUGGUACAAAAGGAAGAGAAUUGGAGCUCGAAGUGACCCAGGCGAUAAUAAAUCACCUACACAUAAAGAAGAAGUGUUCACAGAUAAAUCUCUAGAAGAAGAAUUGAAAGAAGCCGACGAGCACGACUCUUCUCAAUCUUCGCCGAACAAAACGUUUUCGAGAUCACUCUCCGGGGUAGAAUCGACUCCUAUAGAUAUAAUCAUACCGCCCGAGUUAAGGGCUACGAAGUCUACUCCACGUAUCGUCUCGGACGAAGAUCUCGAUUUGGAAAUCGAGAAGAUCAAGUCGAUGAAGAACGGUGCACUGUUUCCCGCUAAACUAGACUCACCAGUGACCAACAAAUCCAAAUCGUCCACCUACAGAGACAACAAAGAAAGCAAACCCAAGUCGAAAAAGAACCAGAAGAAAGAAGCAGGAAAGAUGGCCCAAAAGGAUAUCGCUAUCGUCGAAGAGAAAUUGACUUCUCUGAAAAUUAGUAAAAAUAAAGAAACUCCCAAAAAGAGGGAGCAUAAACAUAGUAGUAGUAAAAAAGAUACGGAAGAACUGCAACGACAGAACAGUGAAAGAGACUCAGCUAACCACAGUCCCUCCGAUGUGAUGUUGGCUAGCCCUUCAUUGAGCAGUAUUUCAGACAACCACAGUGAGGGCUCCAGUGAUAGCGGCAAAGGAGGCAGCGACGUUGCGACUCCCCCCGCAUCCCGUACCCCAGGAAUUGACGUGUCCAGCAACGUACGAACCCUCUACGAGUUCGUCAUUCCCCAAUCCCUCGUAGGAAAAUUAAUAGGCAGACACGGCUGUUUCGUCACGCAAAUCAAGGACAAAACCAACGCCUUAAUCAUCGUCAGAGCGCAUCCCACCAACAACAAAAUGAAGCUUUGUUUGGUGGAAGGUACGCGAACGGAAAUAGACGGUGCCCUGAAGAUGGUCAGAGAUAAGUUCCCCGCCAAAAGGUAUCCGGAAAUCACUUUGGAAGAAGUCCAUUUGGUUCCAGAAGUACCCACAGUGUCGUUAAUUUCUGAUCAUUUAUACCUAAAAUUGGUGGAAGGCGUCAACAAUGACACCGUCCUCAGCUGUCUCGUCGCCCCCAACCACCUCUUCCUCCAACAACCGACUCAUCCCUCGUAUCCCAGCCUGAACCUACUCACCAAUUGUAUGAACGCCUGUUACACCCAAUCGGAAUCCCCCUUACUCCCCACCCCCAUACCAGAAAACACGAUCUGUGCCGCAUUCUCAGUCAACGCCUGGUACAGGGCGAUGGUACUGUCAUCGGACGAUGAAUCUUCCUAUGUCAAAUUCUUGGACUACGGAGGAUUCGCAUAUGUAGAUAAUUCCCAGCUAAGACAGAUCAGAGGUGACUUCAUGUUGUUACCUUUCCAGGCAGCCGAAUGUAUGCUAGCUAAUAUUAAAUCUGUAAAUGAGGACGGGUCCUGGCCUGAAGAAGCAUAUAAUCUAAUAGCAGAUGUUGCAAAAGGAUCGAUAAUGUAUACGCAAGUAGCAGAUUAUACCGAAGACGGACUUCCAUUGGUAUUGAUCUAUGCAGUCAUAGGAAGCCAGGGUGUAGUAUUCCUAAACCAGCACUUGGUAGAUAACGGUUACGCCGUAUGGUUACAACAGACCGACACUCAGACCCAUCGCCAGGAAAUCACAGAAGGAGCCGUAGGCGGCAUAACGGCAUGAUUCGUCGUGCCACCCUUUCGUUUUUACCCACAAUGGGUCUGUUUUAGUCACUUGGUUAUUCACUAAUCAAGCACUCGUUAUAUAUAUAUUUUUUUCUUGUCGCAAGUUUGUUCUUUAGUCACCGAAAAUAUUUUUAUAUAUAGUUCUCGAAAACAUUUUUUAAAUAAUCGACUUUAACUAUCUGGUAUCGAUAAUUUAGUUACAUAUUUAGAGCAGAGAAAACACUAAAAUGAAAUCAAAAAGUGAUUUUAUUAUACUAACAUACAAGAUAGGCAACUUUAAUUGUUUAACAUUUUGCUACAAAAAGGGUACACAUAAUUUAUUGUGGUUAUCAAAAAACUUUGCAUGCUGUUAUAAAAUACGUAGGCACCACCAAUUUUGACGUGAGAAAUUUAAAGAUAUAACAAACCAUGAAUUAAGUGAUUAACACGUUCACUGCCACGUUGGUCCUGCAGGACCAGCAUUGAUGCUGCCUCAACAGGCUACAUUCGCCCGAUAGGGCCAACAUCUUUGACGGAGAAUUCCCCAAAAUUCUGAGCUGUUUUAAGAAGUUCACUUAGAGACAAAGCUGUCUUAUAGAAUACAUAACAUCAUUAACAGAAGUUAAUAAGCAUUCACUUCUUUGACUCCUUUCUCAACGAUUUCAAGCAGAUGAAAGAAAUAAAUAUAAGCACUUCGUUUAGUUCUUCAAUUGUUCAAUCUCAGAAACAAGACAAUCAAAAGCCGACUUUGAAAUAACUUCCAAUAACAGCAGUACCCAAAAUUUUAACAGGACAGCCUCUCUUAAAGAAUAUACUACCGACAUGGCACAAAUAGUCACUUUUCAAACUAUUCCAGAACAAACUGCCAUUACUGAAACUGUAAUCUCUACAUCGCCCGUACUUCUUAGCAUUCCUCGCCCACAAAUAGUACAAGGGUCCAAUACUUUGAUUAUUUUAAGUCCUGCUCCAUCUGCACAAAAUGUUUUAGUCUCUGCUCCAACUCUGAAAACUGUCAAUUUGCCUCCACCUUUAGUUACUGCAAAUGUAACUCCAGUACAGCGAUGCACCUACAGUGGGAUUGGCAAACAUACCAUCCCCAACUAUUAUACAGAUUCAAGGUGAACUCAACCUGAACUUUUAAAUUCUCUAAACUUACCCCAGGCAGAAACUAUUCCAGUUUAAACCACUCCAACUUCAGCUAUCCACAAACUGAUUGUGUUGACAGUUGACAUAUUAGAUAUAGGUUAUGUUAUGUGGCACCGGACCAAUGGCGCACGUAAAUAAUAACUUAUCUCACUGGGCCGCACUGCCCCAAUGGUACCAACGUUUUUAUAUCACGGCUCACUAGUGCUCAAUGUAAAAGAUAUGUUUGGCGUACUUUUGAAUAACAUGAUCGAAGAGGAUAAGCAAAGGAUGAAUUAAAGAAAGGUAAUAUUUACCAACCAGAUCCUUCCGAUUCCAGACAAUCUUCAAAAGGGGCAAGUAUCAAUGUAAGGACAUAUAUUAAAAAAUAUGUCUGGCAACGAACGUGUUAAAUAAGGUUAUGUGUUAAAAAUAUUAAGAAUAAUAAAAAAAUAUUUUAAGUAAUCCUUAAAUUCUUGUUCAAACACUAAUGCUUUAGCAAUUUUAAUAUUCGAAAUUUCAGAAAUACUAAAAAGUUGUCAAAAAUGUCAUUUGUAUGAUUUUCAGUGUCAUUGUCAAAUGUCAUUUUCAAAUGGCAAAUGUCAUUUUUACGAUUUAAAACUUUGACUACUCUUUAUAUAUUAAAAUUAUUUAACAAAACGCAUAGAAAGAAAUUAAGAAAUUGUGAUUAAAGAACAAACUUCAAACAAUUGAUGUUAAUCUUUAUAUUGUGAAUUAAUUGAUAGUGCAGUUAGCUGUAGCUGUUUUAUCGACGCGAUGAUUUUUGUCCCGCUUUUAUAAGAAAAACUGAUUUAUAUUGUUAACUAGAUGAUUUAAUAUUUUAUGUACUAUUUUAAGGUUAGUUUGCACGACUGUCAAAUAUAGAAUAUAUCCUGACAUUCAAGUUUUACUUGCUUUCUUUAGGUUGGUAGUCGCUAUAGGGGCGUAAUUUUUGUUGUACUAUUACUAUAGGUUGGCGAAACUGCACUUUGUAAAGAUUGCAAUUGUGAUUUUCAUUUUUUUUUUUCAUCAAAUAUCUCAUUCGAAACAAAACAGGUAAAGUAUGUGUUGUAAUUUGUGUUUGGUGUCACAUUAUGAAGUAAAUUCAGAAAAUUUUCAAUCAAAAAUAUCGUACGCAGAAAUGCUAUUUCUGGGAUAUAAUCUAACUUAAUCUAGUUAAAUGAGAUUAAAAUAGAUAAUAUUAGUGUAUCAGUAGAAAAUACUAACGUUGGCAAUCUCUACGUUGAGAAAUAAGAAGAAAGUCUAGUAUAUGUGACACUAAGAGCUGACAUCUAGUGACUAGUUGCGGCUUCCUAAUGUGAUUCUAAAUAUACACUUCUCUAACUUUAUAAUUAUCCUAUAUAAAUUAUGUAAAUAUCUACAGGCGGACUGUAAACUAGUUUAUAUUUAAUUUAUUUUUUUCUUAUUUCAAAUUAUAGUGCUAAUGGACUAAAAUAUUUUACUGCUCAUCACUAUUACUGGAUCUAUGUAUUUCUAAAUGCCAUAUUGUGGUCCUUCGAACCGGAUCAACGUUUAACGUUAAAUGAGGUUUGCUACAAUGUAUCUGUACAUUAAACCUGAGCCCUAUAGUUGCUUUGUUUCAUCAUGCUCUAUUCUGAUUUCACGGAAACAUGAGAAACUAAUGUACUUACUUAUAGCUUAACACUAUAAUGGAAAGAUGUUACCAAUAAUAUAAUCUCAAUAUAUAUUUUAUAGCGAAUUAGACGGCUUAAAUUUUUACUCUGCUCCAAUUUUUUUUUCCUUUUACUAUCGACCUCUAUAUAUCCAAAUCUUUUCUAUCCCUUCCUUCACAUCAUUGUCCUACUAACAAUGAAAAUAAAAAUUGGUUCGCCUUUUCACUAUAUAAUAUUAAAAAGAUUCGUUUUUGAACGCAUUUACAUUUUGUUUACUGUUUUUCACCAUUCUCACAAUUGUUUCUUUAUAUUGUUUUUUCUCCUUCAAAUUUUUGAUAUAGCAUAAUUUCUGAUAACCUGUUUCAGCUUGUCCACUGCUAGUCCCCCUGUAAGUAACAAGAAACUAUUUUAUUAAAAUUUUCAAAAUCUUUUAUGACUACACUUUAUAUUACCAACCUUAUAUUCUAGUUUACAAGUCUUUGCUUAAAUUAUCUCCCCAUCUUUCGAAAUGGUACAAAAAUAUAAAACAGUUUAUUAUCUAUCACAACAGAUAUUCAUUAUAAAAUAUCAAAUUUGAGCAAGCUAUAGAUACACUAGUGUUAAAAACACAUCGUGGGUUGUUUUUGCGCAAAUUUAAAACGUUAUUCUUAUAUAGAUAGGUCAAAUGCUUAUCAUUGUAACUGUUAUUGCAAAAAAAUCUUUUUGGAAAGAUGGGAGGCUAAAUAUAAUAUGAACCGUAUUUAAAACCCGUGAAGGAGAAGAAUUUUUGACUGAUCCAGUUUACUUACAUUACGAAUAUUCUAUACUUUGUGUUUUGCUCAAACUAUUCGUAUUCUUUGAGACACAAAUAUGAAAUAGACGUACUCAAAACAGUUCCAAAAUGAUCUUCCAGAUGUGAGAACAAGGCUGGUAGGUUUACUUUGCAUUAUUGCCAACAUUAUUUGAAGUAUGUAGUUUUUGUCUGUUAAUUUUAUAUAUUUGAAGCAGAAAUGAAAUCUAACUGAAUGGAUUUGGAAGAUGCAUCUACUAUUUUUCAAUAUACUAGUAGAGUUAUACAGAGUGAGUCUGUAAUUUGGAAUACAUUCAAUAUCUUAAAUAUUAAUCGUUUUUUUUUAAAUGCUCAGACUCAUCGAUUAGUAUUUCAAAUUGUCCUUUUUGACAUACAAUAUUAAUAUAUACAGGGUGUCCCAAUUUAGAGAUAUUAUGUCAUCGUUGAUUUGCUUAAAUGGCAACACUGACAUUUUGAUAGCUAUUUUGAUCGGGUGUGUAAAGUUAUACAUAACUGCAAAAUAUCAAAUUUUUAUUCUUUACCAUUUACAAAAUAAUAAAAAAUAAAGUUAUGUCUGUGAUUUGGAAUAAAUUCAAUAAUUCAAAUAAUAAUUGUUUUUUUUUUGAAAAAUUCUCAGACCCGUCGAUUAGUAUUUCAAAUUGUCAUUUUUGACAUACAAUAAUAAUGUUUACAGGAUGUCACAAUUUAGAGAUAUAACGUCAUCGUUGAUAUUCUUAAAUGGCAACACUGGUAUUUUGAUAGCUAUUUUGAUAGUGUGUGCAAAGUUAUACAUAACUGCAAAAUUUCAAAUUUUUAUUCUCUACCAUUUACAAGAUAAUAAAAAAUAAAGUUAUGAAAAUCAAGUAAUCAAAUAAUAAUUUUAAUAAUCAUUUCAAUUAAGCAAAUGCUCAUAAUGUUGCCCUCAAUUAUUGUCAAAUAGUCAAUGGCCAACAUUAUGAUCAUUUGCUUAAUUGAAAUAAUUAAAUUCAAAAUUAUUAUUUGAUUACGUGUUUUUUAUAACUUUGUUAUUUUUUAUUAUCUUGUAAAUGGUAGGGAAUAAAAAUUUGAAAUUUUUCAGUUAUAUAUAACUUUACACACCCUAUCAAAAUAGCUAUCAAAAUGACAGUGUUGCCAUUUAAGAAAAUAAACAAUGACGUCAUAUCUCUAAAUUGUGACACCCUAUAUGCAUUGCUAUUGUAUAUCAAAAAUGACAAUUUGAAAUAUUAAUCGACGGGUCUGAGCAUUUUUCAAAAAAACUAUUAGUAUUUGAUUUAUUGAAUUUAUUCCAAAGUACAGACAUAACUGUUAUUUUUUAUUAUCUUAUAAAUGGUAGAGGAUAAAAAUUUGAUAUUUUGCAGUUAUGUAUAACUUUACACACCCUAUCAAAAUAGUUAUCAAAAUGACAGUGUUGCCAUUUAAGAAAAUCAACGAUGACGUCAUAUCUCUAAAUUGGGACACCCUGUAUACAUUAUUAUUGUAUGUCAAAAAGGACAAUUUGAAAUACUAAUCGACGGGUCUGAGCAAUUUUCAGAAAAAAACAGUUAGUGUUUGAGAUAUUGAAUUAAUUCCAAAUUACAGACUCACCUGUAUAUACAAAUUCAGCAAUUUAUAGUAGUUUUAAAUAAGGUUACAGUGAUGUGUGUAUCAGCAACAAAAUGGAGGAUAGUAAGUUACUGUUUCUUGAUAUUAAUGUGUUAGAGACUCAUUUAACAUUUAAAAAAAGAGCUAAAGUAUCAUUCAUAAAAUACCAAAAUGUAGAUACCAUUCUAAAGUGUCGUCGUGCUAUUGGAACGCUUUUUGGGUACGUCUAUCGAAACUUGUAUUAAACAAAUGUAUAUAAUUACUGUCCUUUGUGUUGUAUUUAAUUAUUGGUAACGGUAAAGCCUGUAUAUAUUUGUUUGGUUCGAUUUAAACCGAUGGCGCAGAUGUUAUUUUUUUCUUUGAGAAUAUAGUUUUAUUUUUUAGUUGAUGCUUCGGUUUUGUUGAUGAGUAGCAGAAGUUGGUAGUAGCUUCAGACAUGCAAAUUACUGAAUUUGAGUUGAUACGUGCACCGAAACAACGAUUUAUGUUACAUGUUGCCAAUAUGUAACAUAAAUCAUUGUUCCAGUGCACACUUCAAUUAUCUAAAUUUAGGAAAACUACAAAUUUUGAAUAGAAAUCGUGUGUUAAGAAAAUGUAAUACAAAUAAAGGACAAUUCUUGUGUUAAUAGGAACAGUGGCUUGAAAGACUGUCGAGUCCUAGACUGUGAAUAAAAGUGAUCUAAAUCGCCCUGAGGUCUUCAAAAUGUGGUGCUAUAGUAGAAUUUUAAAAGUUUAUGGUGGAGAAGAUUCGAAACUCCACAAUAUACUCUAAGAGGCAGCGCUGAAAAAUUUCUCUGAAUUUACUAAAGCUGGUUAUUUCACAGUUGAGUACUGUGAUUGUGUAGAGAAACAUACAGCGGUAGGUCAAGCGAAACAUAGAACAGGUGGUACUGACAGCUUGUCAAAGUUGCUUACUUGCGGAGGUAAUUAAAUCCAUUUAGUAAGGCUGAAAAUCAGUACACACAUUCUAAAUUGAAUAAGAAUAAAAGUUAUUAUAGUCGGUCAGCUGUAUGAUGGGACAGAGCUGGUCGGUCGGCCCCAAUGAAUGUACAAUGUUAUUCACUAUAUUUUGACCCCCCUCUAAACUGCUGUAUUUACAGAAUUAAAAAAAAUGUAAAAUACAAAACUUAAUCAAUUUUUAAAUUAUGAUUUUUUGACAUAUAUACCAUACUAAUGACGUCAUCCAUCUGGGCGUGAUGACGUAAUCGACUAUUUUUUUUAAAUGAGAAUAGGGAUCGUGUGCUAGCUCAUUUGAAAGGUUAUUCAGUUCCCUAUUCAGUAAUAUAAACAUUAACAUGAUUGUUUAUACAGAGUGUCAAAAAGAAAUUUUUUAAUUAAAAUAAUUGUUUAAUUAAUAAUUCAAAACAUUUUUUUGAACACCCUGUAUAAAUAACGAUCUUAAUGUUUAUAUUACUGCAUAGAGAAUUAAAUAACCUUUCAAAUGAGCUAGCACACGACCCCUAUUCUCAUUUAAAAAAAUAGUCAAUUACGUCAUCACGCCCAGAUGGAUGACGUCAAUAAACGCUAUUAUUAUUAUUAUACGUCAAAAAAUCAUAAUUAAAAAAUCGAAUAACUUUGUAUUUUACAUUUUUUUCUAAUUCUGUAAAUAAAGCAGUUUAGAGGGCGGUCAAAAUAUAGUGAAUAACCCUGUACAUUCAUUGGGGCCGACCGACCGACUCUGUCCCGUCAUACAGCUGACCGACUAUAAUAACUUUUAUUCUUAUUCAAUUUAGAAUGUGUGUACUGAUUUUCAGCCUUAGUAAAUAGAUUUAAUUACUUCCGCAGGUAAGCAAGUUUGACAAGCUGUCAUUACCACCUGUUCUACGUUUCGCUUGACCGACCGCAGUAUGGUUCUCUACACAAUCACAGUAAUCAACUGUGAAAAUACCCAGCUUUAGUAAAUUCAGAGAAAUUUUUCGACGCUGCCUCUCCGUAUAAUACUAGAACGUCUCAGCAAGACUACUGAGAUUAUAAAGAACAUCAAUAACAGAAAGCUGGAGUACUUAGAACAUGUAAUGAGAUGUGUCAAAUAUGCUAAAUAAUGUAAUGAGAUGUGUCAAAUAUGCUAAAAAAUAUGCAAGGGAAAAUAGCAGAAAGAAAAAAACUUUAUAGUUGAAAAACUUGCGUGAUUGGUAUAGUAUUGAUACAAGCAUUCUAUUUAGGGUGGCAGUCAGUGGUGUCAUGGUGCGGGAACGCCGUUCCGGCACUGGUUAAGAAAAGAAAAAAAAUAAAUAGAGAAUUUGGGUUUUGUAAACAAAAAUUAGCAGUGCGUUCCGGCACUGCUAAUUUUGCCAUGACACCACUGGUGGCAGUGAAUAAAAUUAAGAUAGCUAUGAUGGUAACCAACGUUCUGAAAGGACUUGGUACAUGAAGAAGAAGAAGGACUCUCAUCACCACUGUUAACACCAUUUUAAAUAAUGGUCAAAUGAUGUGACAUCACAUGUGAAUUUAAUGAACUACAGUAGAACCCCGCAAAUCCGAACUAAUUGGGGGGACAGCCUGUUCGGAUUCCGAAAAGUUCGGAUUAUCCGAAAGUUAGCCUUAACUAGUAGUUCAAAGCUUUCAUUGUGAUAUUGAGUAGCCAAACGUUCUCGCAAGAGUGUGGACAAUAUUUUUGGACUCCAAGUUGACUACGAGAGAACCAAAGUAAGUUUGUGUUUAACCUUUAUAAACACUUUAUAAACCUAUAUAUUAAAGUAUAAUAUUUAUUUUUAAGAAAUUUUAAAUGUCAAAGUCCUAGUAAUCCUACAUUGUCCAAUUUUCUGGCUUUACUCUGUAUAAUAAACAUGUUAUUGUUCGGAUUUACGGGGUUCUACUGUAUAUCACCCAAUUAUGAAUUAUUGCCAUAAAGGAAGAUAAUAUCUAGACUAACAGUUCUGAAGUAAGGAAAGAUGGAGUAAAGAAGUGAUAUCUGAAAAUAGAAUACAAGCAAAAGAAAUAAAGGAAGAACGAUAGUAAGUUAAGGAGCUGAAAUAGCCAAAACAUUGUAUAAAAAGAAUGUUAAUCAGAAAAAUCUUGAGACAUAUCGAGGAACUGUUAAAUUAAGUCUGGGUACAAGUUGAGUUUUAUCUAUUGAUAUUUUGCAGAACUAGAGAAAUAUAAGAAAAAUAUUGUAUCUGCUUCUAAGACAAAUGCAAUUUUACAGGAAACGUACAAGGAAAAUGAGAACCAGGAAGGCGAAGGAUUUUCCGACUGAAAAAUCUACAUAUUUUAUGUGGCUCAACACAACAGCCACAAAUCUUUUCAGAGCAUCAGUUUGCAAAGUACAGAUUGCCAUGAGGGUCGCCAACAUCCGAAACGAAUAAGCACUACGAGAAGAGGAAGUCUUACAUUAUUAUUGCCCUUAUCGUGAAAUUUCACAAAAGUGAGUGUAUCGAAAGAAAAAAAAAAGAAUAUGUUUGGUUUAAUUCUCUUUUGAAUUGUUAUUACUGUUUUUUUAUGUACAUAAUCGUAGAAUUUAUUGCUUUUAUUAGUAAUUUUGUGUAAAAUUAUAAUUUUACCAUAUCUUAAGUUACUACCAACUAUGUUCUUUCUUUCUUUUUUAUUUCUUCAAAUUUCUUUCCUCACACACAAUUUUACCAUCGAACUAUGAAGAUUUGUCGAAAUUUGUCGUGUCGGGAGAUGAAUAGGUUAUAACUGCUGUAUUUUUUUUAUUUUAUUUUUUUAUAUAAGAUGACUUAUUGCUCUUAUUUAUUGAUACCUAUAUAGAUGUAUAAGUGAAUUAAUCAUAUUUAUUAUGUAAAUAAAGCGAAACUUCUAUUAAAAGUGUCAAAAUCGUAGUCAUGUAAGUGUUUUCUGGGUAUUUAUCAUUGUUGCUUAACUACUUACUGGAAAUAGUCAUAACUUUUGGUCUCGUUCUGUUCUUCUCAUUCUCUUCAAUCUUGAACAUCAGUAGCUUGUCCAAUCUCAAAUUUUUUAGGCGUAUUUUUUUACAUCAUUUUGCAUUUAGUCAUCUUUAUCCUUCGUGACAUAUUUUUGUUGGUUUUUGGGUCUGUCCACAAGAUGUUUAGUACAGUAAUAUAUAACGAAGAUACAUUUUAACCAGACAAAAUCGAACAUAUAGUGAAUUUUUUAUCUAUUGAACGCCUGAUAUUGUCAUGUUCUAUUCACAACUCUUCUAUUUGAUUUAUUUCUUCACUACAAAUAUGUACUAUUAUAUAACUUUGAUGAAAUUAAUUUACUAUUUUGUUAAGCAGGAGUAUAAAAGGUGUUGUUUCCUUUCUCUACAGUGACAUAAAGUGUAUUAAAUUUGUGGCUAACUGAACGAAGGAUAGAAAAUUGUUAGAUAAGUUUUGAUUAUUUCCAUUCUUUGAAUUGACCACCAUUUUUCAAGUAUCUACUUAGUUAUUUAAGAGCGUUAUUCAUAUAUAUGUUAUUAACCUUUUUAUUUUUAGGUAGUUUUGUUUUUAGAUUAUAUUUACAUAGUUAGCGUUUUGUACAUAAGACAUACUUGUAAUAUAUAUAAUGUUUUGGAUUGACAUAUAAACCCAAAAAACUAAAA